UUUACCCUGUGGCUGUGGUGGCCUACUGGCCUUUGGUUUCGCCAGUGUUUAGGGCCAAGAAUCAGCUGUCACCGUCACUGAAUAGGGCUUCCCCCACAAAAACGCAAGACAAAUCGAUUUCAGAGCCGUGUUUCACGAUUAUACAGCUGAAUCAACCCCAUCUCACACACACAUACAAACACACAAUCGAGCGUGAAAUUUCCCUUAAUGAUGAUGAUGAUCAAGACAAUGAGGAAAAUGUGACAUCUUGGUUUCCCACUUCUUGCAUUAGUAAGCCCCCAGUUAUGAAAAUACAAGUCAACAUUCAAUGCUUUUUCACAUGAUAUGAUCUCGCAACCAAGAAAAUUAAAGUACCCGCCUUCGACCUCAAGAUCAGGGAUAUAUAUAUAUAGAGAGAGAGAGACAGAGAGAGAGAAAGUGCUGAGAUUUGAAAGGAAAUGGCUUCGUCUGAAAAUCGAGAAAAUGUUAAGGGAUGGAAGAGUGCAUGGAGUUGGGGAAAGGGCUAUUUUAAAAAGAUUGUGAAUGUUGUGAUUUGUGUAGCCAAGGAUGCCAAGAAACUUGGAGAGGAAGAUCCAAGGAGAAUUGUUCACUCAUUUAAAGUGGGAUUAGCCAUAAGCUUAGUUUCCUUAUUCUACUACUUUGAUUUCUUGUAUGAAGGUUUUGGUGUUGCUGCUAUGUGGGCUGUCAUGACUGUCGUUGUUGUUUUCGAAUUUUCUGUCGGAGCAACACUUGGAAAAGGGGUGAAUAGAGGGAUUGCAACACUGUUAGGAGGUGCAUUAGGGGUUGCAGCGCAUCGUUUAGCAAUUUUGACAGGGGAAAAUGCUGAAUCUAUCAUACUCGGGCUAUCUGUUUUCUGGAUUUCUGCUCUAGCAACGUUCCUCCGAUUUUUCCCUAAGCUGAAGGCAAGAUACGAUUACGGACUUCUGAUAUUCAUCCUGACGUUCAGCCUAAUAUCGGUGUCUGGCUAUAGGGACGAUGAGGUUAUAGAAAUGGCACAUAAAAGAUUGUCCACGGUUAUGAUUGGUGGCUCUGCUACAGUACUGAUUUGCAUAUUCAUACGCCCAAUCUGGGCUGGUGAAGAUCUUCACAAUCUCACUGCCACUAACAUUGAAAAGCUUGCUAUUUUCUUGGAAGGUUUUGGACAAGAAUACUUUGAGACAAGGGACGAUAAAAACAAAGAGAAUAAAGCAUCAUUGGAUGGAUACAUAAGUGUGCUUAAUGUGAAAGGCACUGAAGAAGUGUUGGUGAAUUCUGCAAAAUGGGAACCUAGACAUGGUCGGUUUAGGUACCGGCAUCCGUGGGGGCAGUACCUUAAGGUUGGAAGAAGUAUAAGAGAAUGUGCUUAUAGAAUUGAUGCAUUGAAUGGCUAUCUGAACUCAGAGAUGCAGACACCAAUGGAAAUCCGAACUAAGGUUCAAGAACCAUGCACAAAGAUGAGCUCAGAAUGCAGCUGUGCUCUGAGAGAACUAGCAAAGGGACUGAAAACAAUGACUCGUUCAAUGUCUGCCGAUCCCCAUAUCAGAAACGCAAAAACUGCAGCCAAGAGUCUGAAAUCUUCGCUGCAAACCAGCCUGUGGCCCAACGCAGAUCUUCUUGACAUAAUUCCAGCUGCAACGGUUGCUUCACUGAUCGUAGAAAUUGUUUCAUGCACGAUUAAGAUAGCGGAUUCUGUCCAUGAACUUGCUUGCCUGUCGAAAUUCAAGAAUCCUGACGCAGUGAUUGCAAAUGAAACGGGGCAGGGAAGAGUGGCAGUAGCUUCAGAUAUCCAUGAGUCCCAUAGUGUAAAUUUGGUAGUUGAGUGAAUGGUCUGUCAUGAGACAAUGCAGGGAAACAACUGCUUUAUACGUACGUAUGGGAUAUAUACGAGGUGGAUGAUUUUAGGAGUUAUGAUAUCUGCAGUAUAAAACGCUGAGUUGAUGACUGUUAAUAGCAUCUCUCGCUUGCAGUCAACAAAGACGUGGUAGGAAAAUUUAUACUAUGUUAAGUGUAUAUUUUAAAUAUAAUGGA